AGGGAGUCUGUCCGCCAUUGUGGACCCGAGAAGCGAAGAGCGAGAGGGGAAGAGGAGCGUGCAAGCGGAAGAGACGAGCCCCUUCCACCAACUCCCGAGCGCGAGGCCGUCUUUCUGGCUUCUCAGCGAGCGGCGGCGGCAGGAAGAGCCUCUCGGCCGAGGGCGGCAGCCAACUGCUGUGAGUGCACGGGGAGAGGCCCAGGCGGCGGCGGCGGCGGUAGCAGCAGCAGCAGCAGCAGCUCUCGGGUUGCGGUGAAGAAUGUCAGCCACUAGCGUGGAUCAGAGACCUAAAGGGCAAGGAAAUAAAGGUGGGGAAACAUGAUGCACAGAUCUGUUGACUUUCCUAACUUGAUGUAGUCAGGACCAGAGCAAAGAAUCACCUGACUUCUAAGGCCCAUGUUCUAUCUUGAUUUGACUCUGCUUCAUAGAGCAGAGGAAACAGGCGAAGAAUCAUUUUCAGUACAAAACGGUUCGAUUCAUCAAAAAGAUGCUGUAAAUGAUGAUGAUUUUGAGCCAUACUUAAGUAGCCAGACAAAUCAGGGACUUAGAAGAUUGGUUUUUUGGCAUUCCACAGAGAUGCUUCAGAAUAACAGCUAUCCACCAAUGUCAGAUCCAUACAUGCCUAGUUACUAUGCUCCAUCCAUUGGAUUUCCAUAUUCGCUUGGGGAAGCAGCAUGGUCCACAGCUGGAGACCAGCCUAUGCCAUAUCUGACAACCUAUGGACAGAUGAGUAAUGGAGAGCAUCAUUAUAUACCGGACGGUGUGUUUAGUCAGCCUGGGGCAUUAGGAAAUACCCCUCCAUUUCUUGGUCAACAUGGAUUUAACUUUUUUCCUGGUAAUGCUGAUUUCUCUACAUGGGGGACAAGUGGAUCUCAGGGACAAUCAACACAAAGUUCUGCUUAUAGUAGCAGUUAUGGUUAUCCACCUAGUUCUCUUGGGAGAGCUAUUACUGAUGGACAGGCUGGAUUUGGCAAUGAUACUUUGAGCAAGGUGCCUGGCAUUAGCAGUAUCGAGCAAGGCAUGACCGGACUGAAAAUUGGUGGUGACCUGACCGCUGCAGUGACGAAAACUGUAGGAACAGCAUUGAGCAGCAGUGGUAUGACCAGCAUCGCAACCAAUAGUGUGCCCCCGGUUAGCAGUGCGGCUCCGAAACCCACCUCCUGGGCAGCCAUUGCCAGAAAGCCCGCCAAACCUCAACCGAAACUUAAACCCAAGGGCAAUGUGGGCAUCGGGGGUUCCGCUGUGCCGCCACCUCCUAUAAAACACAACAUGAAUAUUGGAACUUGGGACGAAAAGGGGUCAGUGGUAAAGGCUCCACCAACCCAACCAGUUCUGCCUCCUCAGACUAUAAUCCAGCAGCCUCAGCCAUUAAUUCAGCCACCACCCCUGGUGCAGAGCCAACUGCCUCAACCGCAGCCUCAGCCGCCGCAAGCGCAGCAGCCGCAAGGACCUCAGCCACAGGCCCAGCCUCACCAAGUGCAGCCCCCGCAGCCGCAGCUGCAGAACCGCUGGGUGGCGCCCCGGAACCGGGGGGCCGGCUUCAACCAGAACAACGGAGCGGGCAGUGAAAACUUUGGUCUAGGUGUCGUUCCUGUCAGCGCUUCCCCGUCGAGUGUGGAAGUGCACCCCGUGCUGGAAAAGCUAAAGGCCAUAAACAACUACAAUCCCAAAGACUUUGACUGGAACCUGAAGAACGGACGUGUGUUUAUAAUAAAGAGCUAUUCUGAGGACGACAUACACCGUUCCAUUAAGUACUCUAUCUGGUGUAGUACUGAGCAUGGGAAUAAGCGUUUGGAUGCGGCUUACCGUUCCCUGAAUGGGAAAGGCCCACUCUAUUUGCUCUUCAGUGUGAAUGGCAGUGGACACUUCUGUGGAGUGGCUGAGAUGAAGUCUGUUGUGGACUAUAAUGCGUAUGCUGGUGUCUGGUCUCAGGAUAAGUGGAAGGGCAAAUUUGAAGUUAAAUGGAUCUUUGUCAAAGAUGUCCCCAAUAACCAAUUACGGCAUAUUCGCUUAGAAAAUAAUGACAACAAACCGGUUACCAAUUCAAGGGACACUCAAGAGGUACCCCUAGAAAAAGCUAAGCAAGUGCUUAAAAUAAUUGCUACUUUCAAGCAUACCACCUCAAUCUUUGAUGACUUUGCACAUUAUGAAAAGCGUCAAGAAGAGGAGGAAGCCAUGCGUAGGCAAAUGCAUGAUUACAGUCAACCCUCCAUGUCCACAGAUAAGAACCUGUCGAUAUGGAACCCAUGGAUACAGAGGGCCAGCUACUGUGAGGGCCUUGAGCGACCUUGGAUUUUGAUAUCCACGGGGGUACUGGAACCACCUCCCUGAAGCACAUAAAGUAAAAGACCUAGGAUGUAAAAAAGUUACACGUGAACAGUUUCACUUACAAAUGACAGUCUGGAUUAUAAUAAGUUUAUUAUUUUCAUUUUAUCAUAAAGAGUCCAAAACCUCACUCCAAAAUAGGGUUGCGUAUUGAUUCCUCUGCUUGUUUUUAAGAACUUGUUACUGGGUCCCAGAUAGGUUCCCCCACACCCCUCCCCCCACCAGAACGCUAGCAUGUAUCUUGUGCUAGUCAUCCUUUAUCACCAUAUAUUUAGAUCGUAUGUGUUCUUUUCUUAACUGUUCCCUUGUUCGUUCAACAGAUAAAUAUUAAAGGUUUACCAGUAAGCCACUUAAGGAGAGAAAUAGAAACAAACAAUAACCCUAUGAAGAUGUCCUGUUAGAAUUACAACACUAAUGAUGUAGACUCUGGAAAUGCCUAAUAAGUCAAAGAAGACGUUAUUAAAGCUUUUUUCUGCUUAAGGUGACAUCUUUGAACUCUAACAACACAGAAUUGACUCUUCUUGUAAUGGUUUUCAUCAGCGCGUCUGCCCUUAUACUCUCACCAAACACACUUGAGAACUGUAACUCCGUCAAGCACUUUCUGUCCUGAAGCUUUUACCAGUAUCUGCUGUCUUUUGUAAUUAUGCAUCCUAGCUAAGGCACAGAAGACUGAAUGAAUGCAAGGAUUCAUUAACUCUUUGAAUUUGUUAAAUACUAACAGUUAACCAUUAGAAGUGGUUCAAUGAUGUAAGAGUCACACUGCUUCAACUUUUUCUUUGUUGUAGUUUUUAAAUUGUCAAUUUUUAGCUAUUUGACAGAUUAAAAGCAAAAGAAUCAUGCCAUACUUAGUCCUGGAGUUCAAGUCUAAAUGUUUAUGUGAAAAUUAUUGUAGUAAACUUUUAAUAUGGCAAAGCAACCUUAAGCUCUAUUUUAGCCAAAUGAAACAUAAUCUGAGAUUAUAUUAGAACAUUUCCCUUGUCUUCAAACUGUUUGGUGUAACAGAAUAUUGAUAUGCAGCUUGGUGGAUCUCACCAGUUAAUGCACAUUCUUCUCCCUUCCUUCCCCCAAUAAUAUGUAUACUGAAAAAUGUGCAUUUGUCUGAGGAAUUAUUUUGUUUGCUACCACUUAAUGAAUCUCAAAAUUUUGAGUAAUGUACCUCAGUCUAAUCAGACUUUUUAUGACCUUUAUAACUACAUUUAAAACCCUUAAUUCCUAUUUCUGGGUGUUUGCGAGCCUGAUUGCUAUCAUGAAGUAAAAAUUUAUUACUCUAGGUAUUCACUAGCUAAAUAAACAUAGUUCUUGUUUAGCAAGCAUAUAUUGUUCCUCAACUCCUUUCUCCGGCUUUUGCGGUGUCCUGGCAUCCUUAAAAUAUUUGAAAAUAUGGCCUUGAUCCAUGGAUUAAAUCAGUAUCUAAGUGAAUGUGUUGAUGUUUUAUUGAUCAGAUCUAUAUAAAUGGGAAUACAGCAUAUAUCUGGGUAUUCUUAUAGUUAUCUUUUUAACAUCUUAUUUUUUUCAUUAAUGACAUAUCAACGUUAAUUUUGUAUCUUAAAACAAAUUGAUUUUGUAUAAUUAAAUGUGUCAAGCAUCUGUAUUACCUGAUUUGAUGGCAUAUGGUUAUGAAAUAAUGUACUGCCCCUUAUAUUACGGUUCCAAAAGGAGAAAGCUAUGUAGAAAGAUACAUUAAGGAUGGAAAUAGCAAUAUAGUAGAUUUGAAUACCUUGAUGUUUUGCAUUACUCCACUUAUGUUUACAUCAUGUUUAGAAAUGUUUUCAUUACUAUGGUCUUUGGUCACUUCAACUCAAAAAUUUAAUGACAGAUAUUUCUUUGACGCUUUCAUUUAUAUGAUUUUUUUUGUACAAUAUUUUCUUAAAAUGUACAAAUACUGUAUUCAGGUGAAAAAAAUACAGUAUUUGUAGAUAAAUUGUAGUGACUUCACAGUGCUUUGGUAGUCCCAGCAUAGUUAUCAGUGUUUACUGAAGGGAACAUCAAAAUAUUAAUAGUGUAUUACAAAAAUCAAGACUUUCUUAAAGGAAAAUUGCACCUAUUUUACCUUUUUCAGAGUAAGCCAUGAAAUCUUGUAAGAUAUCUCUUAACUAUUUAUAAUGAAAAUUGGCGUUUGGGUGUAGUCCCCGCAGCAGCGUUCCACAUCCCUUGGAUUAUAUAGGUAGGACGGGUCAGAGAGGACCACUGUCACUCUGAAGGUCCUGUGGGAGAAAACUGUGAGGAGUGACCUUGUAGAAAGGCUCUGAGUCCUCUGAGCUUCUCUUUUUCUUGGUGCUUUAUUAGCAAUUCUGAAUAUUUUUUAUAAAACUAGUUGUUACAUUAUUCACAGAUCGAAACUUGUUUAAUUUAUAGUAGGUUUCUGUGUAAGAAAUGUCACAGAACUCUCAGCAGGCAGGCUGAUUGCAAUAGCAGACUCAGAAGUGUCACCUGUAAUUCUACUCGUGGUGAGGAGUUCCUCCCAGUGCCUUUAACCUGGAUUUCUAAUAUUAAGUGAAAUGGGUGCAGCAUUCCUUUGGGAAAAACGAAAACAAAACUUUUCAAUCGGUGAAUUUUUUUUUUUCCCCUCAUUUAAGUUUUCUUCAGAGUACCUGUUUUCUCUCCCUUCUUGGUCUGUCAAUGUAUAGCAGAAUAUUUUUCCUCUUAAGUGAAAGGAUCGCAGGUUGUCUCGUUAGCACAAGGAAUGGGAGGUUUCAUAACUCCCAGGACCCAGAAGGGUGAGAAACCGGGCUCUUCAACAGGAGACUGACCCGAUGUUUUGAGCAAUCACAGAUUGAGACAUUAUUGGCCCAGUAAACUCCUUGCCUAAUGUUUUUCGAAGAUCUGGUUUGAAUGUUUCUUAAUUAAAGUUAUCUUAUAUGGGUGUUUUAUUUUGAAAGGUAUUAUAUAGUUUGUAUAUUUAACAGUAAGGGGGAAAAUAUAACCAAAAUUAGUAUUCUUUCUCUAUACAUAUUGGUACUUGAAGAUUCCUUUCAGAAGAAACCCCAGCCUUUUCCUGAGUUCAAUCCUCGUUUUAACUUAAGUGAUCUUUUUAAUUCUGAAGCUGUGUUCUUUUUGAAUACCAUGCAUGGGGGUUAAAGCUGAUGUUAAAACAGUUUGCAAUAAAAAAAAAAAAAAGAAUCAGCUUAAGUCAUUUAAUCAUUUCAAGUGCAUUCUGCAUCCUAUAAACGUAAGUUUGAGAAAUUUAAGAGAAUUGUGUUUCAUUAAGUUUUGCAUAUCUUUUGUUAUGCCAUGUAAAUUCCCUUCUUUUUCAUAUGAUUAAAGAAAGGUUAUGAUAAAAUGAUUAGUUCAUUUACAUUCACUUGUAGCAAUUACAUGAGAAUUUGAAUUUUGUCGUGUUUGGGUUUGUUCAUUCCUGUGAAUGAUGGUACAGUUAGGUGAGAUUUUCUGUUAUGGUACCCAAACUCACCAUUUGGUCCUCUUUAAUCUUUGAGGGUUUCAAUAAAAAUUGUUCACUCA